CUUCUACUUUCUCAUCUGCCUUCCAUCUGGUGGACCUGGGCCUAAUCCCUGGUAUAAGGAUGGUGGGUGCAAAAGCGGUCACAAGUCCCAACACCUCCCUCCGCCUGGCACCGCAACGCAGGGGAGUCAACAGUGUCAUAGUGAGUCCUCCCUUCUAUCAGGUGAGAGGGUACGUGGGCAGAGAACUCCCUGGAGCAAGAGCUGUCUGAAAAGGGGAAGGGAAUGGUGGCUGAAGCUGUGGAGGAAAACCCACGGGAGCUGGUAAACAUGGCAGACUUGCCAUUUGCUGCUGAGGCCUUCUGCUUCUUUGGAUCUAAGACUACUUAUCAUUAAACCUCUCCUCCUAUUUUCCUGGUACCAGAUGUUUAGGUCCUGGGAAAGAUUAGAGGUCAGAUGUGACAGGCUCUUAGGAAGUUCUGCCAGUUAUGUUCUUAUGAUGAAAGCUCUACGUGAGGUCAGUGGAAAGCAAUCCUAAAUAGCUUGGAACCAGUCUUGAGAAUUCCUAAAUGAGAGAAGAGAGGGGAGGGGGAUAUUUUGGAAUUCAGCCUCAUGGGUUUACCUCACAAAUGUAUUAAUGUAAGCCUGUCCUCAGCAAAUCUCUACCUUGCUGCCUUGCAUCUGCUCUACCCUCAGGUGUCCUGCUGUGGGCCCGUUCCCUGUACCUGCUGCUGCCCUUCUAGGUGGCCCGCUCUCACAGAGUCUCCCUGUAGCCGCCUGUUCUACAUCCUCCUCCACGUGGGGACCUCAGCAGUCUGCUGCCUCCUGCUGUCAAGGACAGUGGUGGAAAGAGUCUGGGGCAAGGCACAUGGGGUACGUGGGAGGAGGCUGGGCUGCAGUGGGAAAGGAUAAACGGAGAAAGUCUGAGGUAAAGGAGAUUUGGCUUGAGGGUAGGGGACACAUGAGUGGACGAACCCACGAGUAGGUACUUCUCUGUGCAUGACGACUUGUCCAGCCAUUUCUCACAUGUACCUUCCCUCCAGAUCCAGAUGCCCUCAGGGCUGUGUGCCCAUCUGUUUGGCCUCUCUCAGUGCCCAGUGCUUAGCGGCUCUGGGGCUGUAUACCGAGUAUGUGCAGGAACUGCCACCUUCCACCUGCUGCAGGCUGUGCUGCUGAUCGACCUCCACUCCCGCACCAGCCUAAGAGCACAGCUACAUAAUAGGUCUGUGUGUACUCUUUGGGUGGGGAGAGGACAGGGAGGGAAGUAGACACAAGCUGAGUAAAGGAAAUUUCCAGAUGAAGUCAUAGCACUGUAAAAAGACAGAGAACAGGUUUAAGUCCCUGCUUCCACUAUACUUGCUGUGUAACCACAAGCCACACACUUACCCUCUUUGAUCUUCUAGUUUUCUGAAAUGGAGAUAACAGUGGAGUUACUAUAUGCAAACCCUCUGUCAUCUCUAGAACACUGUCCAGAUGUUAUUUAGGUAUCAGAGUCAGAGUUUGGAAUAGGCUGUGAUCAGCCUGUCCCCAGCCCCUCUCACAUGGGACUGGUUCCUCCCUUCCUCUACUUAGUUGUCUCUCUUCUCCCCUUUCCUAUAGUUCUGCUUUCUCCUUUGUCUAUUCUGAGACAUUUUCUUUGCUUCUUAACCAGUUUCUGGCUCCUCAAGCUGCUAUUCCUGCUAGGUCUCUGUGCUGUUGCCUUCUGCAUCCCUGAUGAGCAUCUCUUUCCAGGUAUGUUCUGUUUCAUCCUGAUCAGCAGGUGUAAGCUAAAAGAUUUUCUAAGAAAAAAAUCUUCCCUGGCAGUCCAAAUGCUUCUAAUGCAAGGGAUGCGGGUUUGAUCCCUGUUUGAGGAACUAAGAACCCACAAGCCUCGCAGCACAGCCAAAAAAAAAAUAGGAUAGGAAGAGGACCAGGAGUAAUGAUAUGAUCAGUUACAUUUUUCUACUGGUGCCUCACUUGCAGCCUGGCAUUACAUUGGCAUAUGUGGCGGCUUCACAUUCAUCCUUCUGCAGUUGGUGCUUAUUACUGCCUUUGCUCAUUCCUGGAACAAGAACUGAGCAACCUCGCUCUGGCCUUCUACAAGCCUCUAUCAUCAGCUGCUAUAUCAUGUACCUGACAUUCUCUGCACUGUCCAGCCGUCCUCCAGAGAGGGUAAUCCUUCAAGGACAGAAUCACACUCUGUGCCUGCCUGGCCUGAGUAAAAUGGAAUCCCACACACCAGAUACUUCUCUGGCAAUGAUGAGUGCUGGCAUCAUGUAUGCCUGCGUGCUUUUUGCUUGCAACGAGGCUUCUUACCUGGCUGAGGUAUUUGGGCCCUUGUGGAUUGUCAAGGUUUACAGCUAUGAGUUCCAGAAGCCCUCACUCUGUUUCUGCUGCCCUAAAACAGUGGAGCCAGAGGAAGGACCAAGUGGUGUGGCUGCCAGGCCAGCUGACCAAGAGACCUCUCCAGCUCCUCCAGUGCAAGUCCAGCAGCUUUCCUAUAGCUAUUCUGCCUUCCACUUCGUCUUCUUCCUUGCAUCACUUUAUGUCAUGGUUACCCUCACCAACUGGUUCAGCUAUGAGGGAGCAGAGCUGGAAAAGACCUUCACCACAGGUAGCUGGGCUACCUUCUGGGUCAAGGUUGCCUCAUGCUGGGCCUGUGUACUCCUCUAUCUGGGGCUGCUACUAGCACCGUUCUGUUGGUCCCCAACCCCGGACCCCCAGCAUCCUAUCUUCAGGCGACAUUGUCAUCGUGUCAGUAUUGCCAAAUGACAAAUAUCCAAUCUAGAUACUUUUCAUAAACUGGAAUUCCCUUGAACUGGAGUUCCCAAGUCUUAACUCACAGGAGCUGUCCAGCCCAACAGAUUCCUCAAAGACACAAUGGGAAGUUACCUCCCUUUAAGUUGAAGUCAGUAGUUACACCUGACUUGAAAAAAGUGGCCACACACACCCUAAUACCCUAGGCAGAGUAUCUGACUCACUGGAGCUACUGUUACUUCUUCAACCCAGCUGAAGAGCCUGUUUCCAAGUCAGCAGCUCAGGAAUCACUGCUAACCCAGCAGACAGUGUGGCACCAGUUCAUUCCUGGCUCUCAUGGUAGAGAUGGGGGCAGGGAAAGACCAAAGGGGACCAAAGACUUACUUGGCUUUGCCUUUGGUGAUAAAAAGGAAAACAGGAGUCCACCCCUGAGUACAGGGAUGUAAGAAGCCCAGAACCCUAGAACAAACCAGGACAUAGGAAGAAAGGCACACAGACACUACCCUAAGUUUUAAUCCUGAUGUUGAGGUCAAAGGAAAUGGGAAGACAAAAUCUACCCUCAUUCCAUGAGGAAUGACAGAAGAGAAUGUGAGCACUUGAGAGCAGCUAACCAUGGGAACUCCGUCAACAGCAGGGUCUGGGCCAACUUUCAAGCAUAGGAACAAACUGAGGAAGAAUGAGGAAGAGGGAGCAUAAAUUUAGGUCUUGCAGCCUUCCUUCUCAGGACCUCAACUCCAUCCUUAGGAUGAUGUCUCAGGUCUGAGUAAGGGACAAAAACCACAAAAAAGAGGUCCCUACAGCUCUUAAGAGGAUAUCUCUACCACACACCCAAUACCUGUCUGUCUGUUGCAGUACAAUAAAGAAUUUUUCUGUGAUGUUUA